UGUCAUUACAGCGCGCGCAAAUGUAGGUUAAGAAGAGCAAAAUAUUUACCUCCUGUAUUCCGUUUUUUUUGUGUUCAAAGAAGUGUACAAAUUGACUUGUAGCAACAAAAAGUGCUAGUUUUAAGAACAAUCAACACAAUGACGACUAGACCGCGACUUUCAAUGAACACAUCGCUAAAAAACGCUCGUAUUUUUGAUGAUGACUCUUUGGAUGAUUUAAUCAUCGAUGAGGAUAUCAAAGAAGACCUCGAAGAGCUUGCUUUUAACCCAUUUCAAGACAAAGAGUCGACCAAAGUUACAACCGAAGAAGUCAAGAUUAAAACCGAAAUUAAACAACAAUUUUUUGACGAAGAUACGAACUUUCCAGUUACGACUGAAGCCUUUGAAAAUUUUCACAUCAAAAAAGAAGUUUUAGAUGACUUGAGUUCACCAAUCAAGACUGAGCCAUUCGAGAAUUCUGAUUCCAAUUCUCGAAAGAGUUUUAAAAGUGCUAAAAUAACUUUACUUAAAAAACGUGAUUCGCCCUACAAAUCAGCACGUGAACGUCUUGAAGCUUGCUCUAGCAGAGUCAGUAGUUUGAAUUUGGGUCAAUCUGAGAAAAGUCCACCAAAGAAAAAAUUCAGAAGGAAUGAAAUUGAAACUGACCCUGAGGUUUUAAAGAGGAGACAAAAACAAAUUGACUAUGGGAAAAAUACGAUAGGUUAUGAUGAAUACAUUAAGCAGGUUCCGAGGCAUCAGCGAAAAUCAGACGAUCCUCAAACACCAAAUAAAUUUAUAAAGUAUUCGAGACGCGGCUGGGAUGGCUUGAUUAAGCAAUGGCGACUUAAAUUACACAAAUAUGACCCCAAUGAAACUGAAUAAGUUAAAGAAAUUGUAUUUUAUUAGUCUGUAAGCUCAAAAACUACAUUUUAAGUUUUAAUUAUAAAAUCAAUAAACGAGAAAUUUUAAUUUUACAAAAAUGUGGACAUAUUUAAUAUUUUGGGGCCUUGUUUUUUGAAACAUAUUAAAAAAUCACCAAGGUUUUUGAAGUUACGGAAAAUUAAAUUUUUAAAGUUGUAAACAUUAAAAAGUUUUCAGAAACCGGGACCACAAGUAGAGAUAUCACUUCCGCCUAAAUUUAAACUACUG